AUGUUAAUGCAUAAUAGCUCUUCAGCUAAAUCAUCAACUAAAAGUCGAGAUGCCACACCUUAUAAUGUAGAUGUAACUGAUUUUGAAUAUUUACCUUCUAUCAAUUCCAAAGAUCAAAUUGCAACCAAAGAUUCUCUGAUCUCCUCACUUGAUGACACUCAAGAAGGAGCUUAA